UGUUACUGUAUCUAAAGUUGAAACUGCCGAUCUAUGCUGGCGUAUAUUUGUGAUCAACAUAUGGUACACUAUAUGUAUCUUUGUGGCAUGUUUUUUUUGUUUUAUAUUGAAUAAAAAAUCUUAUCGAAAAGUAUUUCCUUAUUUAAUAUUGCAUCAAAAUCCCUAUUUAAUGGUUUUCCAUGUUGUGUGAAAAUUGAUAUUGUUAUCGGAUUUUUAUUAGUGUGUCAAAACUUGUAAAUAAAAUGGUACAAACAACAGUGAAAAUAAUUGUAUUGAAUGUAAUUUGUACUUUCAAUGAUUUCGUUAAUAUAGUUUACUUACUAAAAAUAGUUCCAAGGACCCCCAAUUUUUAAUUAUUACAAACAUGAACAUUGUUUGAUCAUAUACAAUGCCCUGAACCUCCUUUUAGAAAUCAUUUGCCUUAUUUAUUCAAAUUGAGUAAUUAAUUAACCUCAAAAUUUUGGAACAGCUGGUUUGUUUUUAAUAGCUCCGCGUAAGCUAUAAUUUUCAGCCAGCCUUGAUUGCUGGAGAUUUACUUUCCCAAACACGAGGCCACUAUGACCUCGGAUGAAGAUACCAAAAUCCUCGGAGAUACUUUGGGUGAUUCUCCCCACAGAUACAGUGCAAUUGAGUCUAAUGAUGACAUCAGUUCAACAAUUGGGGAGAGAAGCGAGAAAACUUUUGGAGCAGAAGACGAAAAUGGACUUGACCUGGAGUCGAAAUCCAUUCCAGUGGUUGAGAAGUACAGCAAAACUGUGGCGUUGUGCUUCGUUAUGUUUGGAAUGGGUACGAUGCAUGCCAUCAUUGGUCCCACCCUGCUGGACCUAGCCUACGGACUGUCUGUGAGUCUGUCCCAGGUGUCUCUUCUCUUCGUCGGACAGGCAUCCGGAUUCAUCGUAGGGGUCAUUGGGGGAGGUCUUCUGUGUGAUUUGGUGGACCACUGGCUGCUGAUGUGUUGUAUGGCCAGUGGGGCCGCCCUGCUGACUGUGUGUGUCCCUCUAUGGCCCUCUCUCUUCCUUUUAGUGUCCACUUCUGUACUCAGAGGAGCUUGCAUGAGGUCACUGGAGCUGGUUGUGAACAUAGUUCUGUUGGAUCUGUGGGACAAGGACAGCAGUUCCCCCAUGCAACAACUGCACUUCACAGUUGCUGUGGGCUGUGGCCUGGCACCCCUACUUACCAAGCCAUUCUCCGGAACUCAAGUUAGCUCCGAUGACUCAAGCCUUUCAGUCGCCCUCCGCCAAAUAGCUUCAACCUUCUCAGAUGCCAAUUACAGCUCCUCGACAACCUCAUAUCUUAGUGAACCCACAACAACCUUGGAUCAGGUAUCGUCGGCACCAUUAAAGCCCAAAAUGUACAGCGUCUUGGGAAACGAGACGUCACAUAUUGAUCUAGAACAUUCUCGGGUAGAAUGGGUCUACUUAAUUGUUGGGGUUCUAAACCUGACCGUUGGUGUUUACCUGUUUAUUAUUUACUGCUGCUUCCCUUAUCGAAAAUCAAAAUCACAACACGAGUCAACUGUUUUCAAACAAACCACAGAAGAGGAAAAGUUGCGCGAGUUUAACUUCCGAAUUCGGUUUAUACCAGUAGGAAUCGUUCUUCUGGCACUUUACUUUGGCGUUCUUCUGGCUUAUGAUGGUUAUCUGGUUACAUUUGCUGUGGUGUCGGAUCUGAAAAUGAGCAUAAGUGAGGCGACAACUCUUUCGGCAACAUUUUGGCUCACCUUUGCUCUCGGGAGGUUCUUGGCAAUCUUCUAUUCUAUGUACCUUUCCGAUUACACCAUAAUGCAUAUCGAUGUAAUAUGUCUCGUGUUUUCAUCGAUUCCUCUAUCAACGUCUCUUGCUGCAAAUACGACUGCCUUUUACAUUUGCUCAAUGAUAUUCGCGCUUAGCUUCGCGUCGCUCGGACCAGCGGCGUUGUCGUACACGAGUCGUUACCUCACCAUAAAUGGAAAGAUAGGUGCAAUUUACAUGGUUGGUGGUUCGAGUGGCGAGAUAGUCUUGCCGUUUGUAAUUGCGUAUAUGAUGGAUAAUUUUGACCCCAUGUGGUUGAUGUAUAUAGUAACUGCUUGUACUCUAACCCUGUAUCCGCUGGCUACUUACAAGUUCUAUCUGGCUGGUAUUCACGGAGAACGAAGAGAUUGAUCAAGGCCAUUUAGAUUGCAACCAAAUUAGAGUGAAUUGAGGACAAUAUGGGUGUAAUUGUGAAUGAACUUCGAUUUAAUUUUUUUGAAAACGGGGCGAAAAUUAUGUAAACUUGGUUGUUUGA